GCCGACGACGACGCCGGCCGCCUCUACCAGCACCUGUUGAGCGACUACAACCGGCUGAUCCGGCCCGUCAGGAACGAAUCGGACACCGUCACCGUCCGCAUGGGCCUCAACCUAUCGCAGCUGAUCGACGUGAAUAUGAAGCACCAGAUCAUGACGACCAACGUAUGGGUGGUGCAGGAGUGGACCGACUACAAACUGUCCUGGAACCCAAGCGACUACGGAGAAGUGCGUACAUUGCGCGUGCCCGCUGAGCAAAUAUGGCUGCCGGAUAUAGUGCUCUACAACAAUGCCGACGGUAAUUAUGAGAUCACCAUCAAGACCAAGGCGGUCCUACACUUCGACGGACGCGUGCGCUGGAAGCCACCGGCCCUCUACAAGUCGUAUUGUCAGAUCGAUGUCGAAUACUUUCCCUUUGACGUACAAAACUGCUUCAUGAAGUUUGGUAGCUGGACGUACGAUAAGUCCAAGCUGGUCCUGCAGCACAUCAAGCAGCUGCCUGACUCCGACCUGGUCAGCUACGGGAUCGAGCUGGACAACUAUUACCUCAGCGUCGAGUGGGACAUCAUGCAAGUGCCGGCGCUGCGUCACGACGUCUUCUACAGCUGCUGUGACGACCCCUACACGGACAUCGUCUUCAACAUCACGCUGCGCCGCAAGACGCUCUUUUACACGGUCAACCUUAUCAUUCCGUGCGUGAGCAUCAGCUGCCUGACGGUGCUGGUGUUCUUUUUGCCGUCCGAGUCGGGCGAGAAGGUUUCGCUCUGUAUCUCGAUUCUGCUCUCGCUGACUGUGUUUUUCCUACUGCUGGCCGAGAUCAUCCCACCCACGUCGCUGACAGUGCCGCUGCUCGGCAAGUACCUGCUGUUCACCAUGACCCUGGUGACCUUCUCCGUCAUGUCCACCAUCUGCGUGCUCAACAUCAGCUUCCGCUCGCCGAGUACGCACCGCAUGUCCGCCGGGGUGCGGCAGAUCUUCCUGCAGUGUCUGCCUCGUCUGCUCUUCAUGUCGCGUCCGGCGCGCCCCGACCCGGACGAGCUGGACGAGUGCGCGUUCGUCGGCGUGGACGAGCCGGCGCUCCUCUCCCGGGACGAGGCGCUGCGCUCUGACCCGGAGCCGGAGCUGACAGCCCCGCCGAGCCGUUACGACUGGGUGCGGUACGGCGCCAGCGGCAGCGGCCGACGCUCUCUCUGCUCGUCCUCAUCCUCCUCGUCCUCGUCCGAGAGGCUGGGGAGACGGCUGCCGGUGAAGAGUCCUCUCCUGCUCGACUGCCAGGUGCAGAACGCCAUGGCGGGUGUCCACAGCAUCGCCCGCCACAUGCGGAACAAGGACGCCUAUGACGACGUGAAGGCUGACUGGCAGUACGUGGCCAUGGUGCUGGACCGGCUGUUCCUCUGGCUCUUCGCGCUGGUCUCGGUGAUGGGCACGUGCGCCCUGCUGCUGCAGGCACCGUCGCUACACGACAACACCAUGCCCAUCGACCGACUCAUGUCGAAGGUGGCCAGCCCGGACCUCAGCACCAUGGGGGCCGAGGACGUCUGA